UUGUCCCGUUUUGUUGUUUUGGUUAAUUUUGGCUGGAAGAAUUUUGACUUGCGUUUUGAAACAUUUUUGUGUAUUUGGAAGAAUUGGAGAGAAAGAGAAAGAGAGAGGAGGCUCUGCGUGUGCGUGGAGAGCUUUGACCCUCUCGUCAAUUAAAAUCCAUGGAUCAGAAGCUUUGAAUCGAAUAAUACUAUAGGAAGCUUUGAUCCAUGGGGAAUUGUUGUGGGACCCCUGCACUAACAGCUGCUGGGAAGAAAAAAGGAGGGAAGAACAAACAAAAUCCAUUCUCAAUCGAUUAUGCUGUAAAUAAUAAUCAUGGAUCUGGUGGAAAUAAAAAAUUAUGUGUUUUGAAAGAACCAACUGGUCGUGACAUUGGGAUUACAUAUGAAUUAGGUCGUGAACUUGGAAGAGGUGAAUUUGGGAUUACAUAUCUUUGCACUGAUAAAACAACUGCUGAUGUUUAUGCAUGCAAAUCAAUCUCAAAGAAGAAAUUAAGAACUGCUAUAGAUAUCGAAGAUGUUAGGAGGGAGGUUGAAAUUAUGAAACAUAUGCCACAACAUCCUAAUAUUGUUACCUUAAAAGAUACAUAUGAAGACGAUAAUGCUGUACAUCUUGUAAUGGAGCUAUGUGAAGGUGGUGAGUUAUUUGAUCGAAUCGUUGCCAGGGGUCAUUACACAGAACGAGCCGCUGCUGUAGUUACUCGUACAAUUGUCGAAGUUGUUCAGAUGUGUCACGAGCACGGAGUUAUGCAUAGAGACCUCAAACCGGAGAAUUUUUUAUUUGCAAACAAGAAGGAAACAGCACCACUGAAAGCCAUUGAUUUUGGUUUGUCCGUGUUUUUCAAACCUGGUGAGCGGUUUACUGAGAUAGUUGGAAGCCCUUACUACAUGGCGCCAGAGGUCCUAAAAAGGAAUUAUGGCCCAGAGGUUGAUGUCUGGAGUGCUGGAGUUAUCCUAUAUAUCCUACUUUGUGGUGUUCCUCCUUUUUGGGCUGAAACUGAACAAGGAGUUGCACAGGCGAUUAUCCGCUCGGUAAUAGAUUUCAAGAGAGAUCCUUGGCCCAAAGUUUCAGAUAAUGCGAAAGAUCUGGUUAAGAGGAUGCUUGAUCCUGAUCCGAGAAAACGUCUUUCAGCUCAAGAAGUACUAGAUCAUCCUUGGUUACAGAAUGCCCAUAAGGCUCCAAAUGUUUCGCUGGGUGAAACUGUGAAAUCAAGGCUCAAACAGUUCUCCAUGUUGAACAAAUUCAAAAAGAGAGCCCUAAGGGUGGUGGCUGAGCAUUUGUCUGUGGAGGAAGUAGCUGAUAUAAAAGAAGCAUUCGAUAUGAUGGACAUUAACAACAAUGGCAAGAUCACUCUUCUGGAGCUGAAAGCUGGUCUGCACAAAAUUGGACAUCAGAUUUCAGAUCUGGAUCUUCAGAUACUAAUGGAAGCUGCUGAUGUUGACGGAGAUGGAUGUCUCGAUUAUGGAGAGUUCGUUGCAGUUGCAGUCCAUUUCCGAAAGAUCGGCAAUGAUGAGCAUCUACACAAAGCGUUCUCAUUCUUUGAUCAAAAUAAGAGCGGGUACAUAGAGAUCGAAGAGCUACGGAUAGCUUUGGCUGAUGAGGUGGACCCUAACAAUGACGAAGUCAUCAAUGCUAUCAUUUGUGACGUGGACACAGACAAGGAUGGGAAAAUAAGUUAUGAGGAAUUUGCUGCAAUGAUGAAGGCUGGCACAGAUUGGAGGAAAGCAUCAAGACAGUACUCCAGAGAGCGCUUCAAUAAUCUGAGCAUGAAGUUGAUGAAGGAUGGUUCUUUGCAGUUUAACAACGAGGCUAGAUGAAACAAGAUAAAUCAAAGUACCAAUGUGAAAAUGAAAUACGAAAUAUAAUUGUUUGGUUCUCGAAAAUCUUCAUUUUUCUUUCAUUUGUUCCUCGUUUUGUUCUAUUCUGUCUUCUAGCCCCGGAAUGUCUCUUUUCUCCUAUUUCAGUAUCAAUCUAGGUGGCUGGGCAGUGACUGGAGCUUAGCCAUUGUAUAACCCCCCUGCUGUUGGCCGUUUCCAAGUGUGAAGCGAUAGGGGGACACACUACAGUAUGAUCAGAAUGUGUUUCCUGUUUUGAGAGUUUGCUGGAGGUUGAAAACAAAGAUAUCAGAGUAAAUAUUUUGGUUGUACAUAUCUUAAUUUGGUUCAAAUGGCAUAUCAUUGCUGUUGUUGGCUGAGAAUUUCCCACUGGGAGUGUUACGUGGUCUUACAGAUUUCCCCCGCUAUAUAAACAUUUUCUGUUUUCUUUUUCUUC